UGAAAUUAAAGAGAGUUUCAGAGAGAAAAACUGAGGUUUCUCCCAAACCUCUACAAUAUUUUCUUUUUGUUAGAGUGAAAAUAAUUUCCUCUAUUAUUAUAAGACAAAAGUUGCAAUCAUUUUGUUAUAGUAACAUUAUCCUUAGUGGCUCCAAGGUUCAAAGGCAACAAAAAUAUGGCAUCAUCUCCUCUAUCCCUUAUUUAUACUCUGCUGAUAUCAUUAACUUAUAUUCAUGGAAAAUUGUUGGUCCACGCGGUUGAUUAUGACUUUAGUUACAUGAAAUCGGUUUACAAUGCAACUGAUCUACCAUUAGUGAAACAAUAUGACUACAUUGUGAUCGGAGGUGGCACAGCCGGAUGCCCUUUGGCGGCAACUCUAUCAGAAAAAUACUCAGUCCUAGUUCUUGAGAGAGGCAACGCCCCUAACGCUCACCCAAAUGUGUUGGUUGCAUCUGGCUUUCUUGCUAAUCUCAUUGAAAAUGACAAUGGUGAUACACCGGCGCAGAGGUUCAAGUCAGAGGAAGGUGUGGAGAACGUAAGAGCUAGGGUUUUGGGAGGGACUAGCAUGAUUAAUGGCGGUUUCUUUUCGGAAGCUGACAAUGAUUUUCUUGCCAAUUCUGGCGUGGAAUGGGACAUGGGUGAGGUUGAGAAGGCGUACGAGUGGGUGAAGGAGAAGAUAGUAUCACAUUCGAAUUUAUCAGUUUGGCAAUCUGCGGUGAAAGAGGCUUUGUUGGAAGCUGGCGUUGGUCCUGAUAAUGGAGUCACUACAAAACAUAAGCUUGGAACUAAACAAUCUGGUUCUACAUUUGAUGAUAUGGGGCGAAGACAUGGAGCUGUGGAGUUACUAAAUAAUGGAGAUCUCAAAAACUUGGUAAUUGCAAUUCAAGCUUCCGUGAAGAAAAUUAUCUUCUCUACUAAAUCCUCUAAUCCCACUGCUAUUGGAGUUAUAUACACGGAUACCAAAGGGAGGUCUCACAAGGCAUUAUUACGCAAUAAGGGAGAAGUAAUACUAAGUGCAGGUGCACUUGGAAGCCCUCAACUUUUGCUACUUAGCGGGAUCGGUCCUCAAUCAUACCUUUCAUCACAACAUAUUCCCAUAGUCCUUUCCCAACCCAAUGUUGGACAAUUCAUGGCUGAUAAUCCACGUAACAACAUUAAUCUCAUCAUCCCAUUUCCAUUGGAAACAUCUAUUUUUCAAGUUGUUGGGGUUACUAAUGAUUAUAUUAUAGAAACCUUCUCUUAUAGCUUACAAUUUUCUCCAACUAUAUUACCUUUCAGCAUUUACCCCAACCCAAUAAUUCCAACAAAAUUGAUUCUAGCAACCCUAGCUGAAAAAAUAGUGGGGCCCUUAUCAACCGGUUCACUAUGGUUGGCUUCCAACACUAAUGUGACAGCCACACCACAUGUUCGGUUCAAUUACUUCUCUGACCCGAUCGACCUCGCGCGCUGCGUUAGUGCAAUGAGGAAGUUUGGUGAGUUACUAAAAACUAAGUCAUUAGAUCGAUUUAAGUACAAAGAUUUGAAUGGCAAUAGGAAUUUCUUGUUCUUUGGGCCUCCUUUGCCAACUAUCCAGUCUAAUGAUUCAUCCAUGGAAGAUUAUUGUCGAAGUUCGAUUACGACCUUUUGGCAUUAUCAUGGGGGUUGUCUAGUGGGGAAGGUUGUGGAUGGUGAUUUUAUGGUCAUUGGUACUAAUUCACUUCGAGUUGUUGAUGGAUCAACAUUCAUUAUCUCUCCUGGGACCAAUCCUCAGGCCACCUUAAUGAUGAUGGGUCGUUAUCUUGGACUAAAGAUGUUAAGAGAAAGACAAACUCAAAUUACAAAUUAACGUCGUAAAAUUUCCAAUUAUUAUUGUAAAUAAAUAAAAUUCUACCAUCAAAUUUACAAAAAGCAUAUAUAUAUAAAGUCCUUUAUUGGCUUUUUAUCGUCA